AUAAAAACGAAAAUCUAGUUAAACAAGCAAUGGCACUUCCCAAAUUGAGCAAAGAACGUUUAAAAUUAAUUGAAGACAUUCGAAAACAAGGAGAUUUCAUACACAAUACAUGCAGUGAUCAGAACACUGGUAUUUUAAUUGUAUCUAGACGACAACAACAAAAAACAAACCGAAAAGCCGACGACUAUAUAUGCUGUCCAAAAUGUAAAGGAUUUUAUACAAAAUUUGCAUCACGACAACACAGUAGGAAAUGUGUUCAAAAACACAACUCCAGAUCAAAUUUUAUUGAAGGGCGAAAAUUAACUCAAUAUAUACACCAUGUUGCGAGUCCUGCAAUGAAAACAACGAUAUUUCCUGUUCUCCGAAAUGAUAACAUAACCAAAGCAAUACGUUUCGACGAAUUAAUUAUCCGAUAUGGUAACAGAUUAUCCGAAAAACUUUCUCAAAGUCACCACCAUGAUCAAAUCCGAGCAAACAUGCGCCUUUUGGGUAGAUUUAAAAUAGAAUUUAUGAAAAUUGUGCCGGAGAUAUCCGAAUUGAAAGAUAUAUUCAAACCAUAUUUGUUCGAUAAUGCUAUUGAGGCACUUCGAAAAACAGCAAAGUGGACCUUUGAUAAAGGAUUCGCAACGCCAGCUGUUGCCACAUCCUUGUCAUCUUUAAUAAAAAAAUGCGCACGGAUACAACGAAAUGAAUUUAUUAAAUGUCAAAAUGAAGAUUCUAAAUGUAACUUAGACAAUUUUAUUUCUCUUUGGGUAGAGGAAACACCCGUACAAAUCAACAAAAAAGCUCUGGAAGAUCUCGAAAAUCGGAAAAGGACAAAAACUAAUGACUUGCCAAGUAAAAACGAUAUCAAAAUUUUGUAUGAUUAUUUAAGAACUAUAAUGCUUGAUUCCUUCGCCGAAUUAUGCUUAAACUACAAUUUCAUUUCCUGGAAAAAACUUUUGGAAUCUACAUUAAUAUUUAUCCAAGUAUUCAAUCGACGAAGAGCUGGGGAAAUUGAAAGGUUAACAAUUGAAAACUUUAAUAAAAAGGAACAAAUAACUGAUUGUGUAGAAGCUGGCAUGUUGGAAAAUAUCUCUAAACAAUCCAUUAAUUUCGCCAAACAAUUCGUUCGAAUCACGUUACGGGGAAAGUUAGGAAGAACCGUGAGCGUUUUGCUCGACCCACUGUGUAUUAAGUCCAUUAACAUUAUUCUUAAAUUCAGAGAAAAGGCUGACAUUUCCAAGACAAAUCCAUAUAUAUUUAGUGCGCCUGGUAAGUCCAGCUUAGCAAAAAGUUACUGCAGAGCAUGUCCUUUGCUGAGAAAAUUUGCAUCAGAGUGUGGAGCAUUGAUUCCCGAUACACUUAGAGGCACAAAACUGCGAAAACACAUAGCAACAUAUACCUCAUUGCUGAACGUGCAAGAAUCGACGGUUGAUAGACUUGCUAACUUUUUAGGCCACCACAAAGACAUCCACAAAAGCAUAUAUAGGGUACCGGUGCCAGUAGCCGAAAUUACAAGCGUGUCAAAAAUUUUAUUAUCGGCUGCUGGGUGCAAUUUGCAAAAUAGUAUCGAAACUAGUAAUUCUAAUAGAAAUAUAGUUUCUGAUAACGAAGGGAGUAUGCAAUAUGAAGGUUUGGAGGAAAACUCUGAAGAUUCAGAAACAGAUAUGGUAAAACCGAAGAGACGUAGUACAUCCCCUUUCGGACGGACAAUACGCAAGAGGUGGAGCAGUGCUGAAAUUGAUUCCGUUAAAGAAACAUUUGGAGAUAUUUUGGCCUUGGAGAAGUUGCCUUCCAUAAAGCAAUGUGCAGCAGCUAUAGAAAAAAAUAUCUGCCUAUGUAAAAGAACACCGGCUCAAUUAAAAACAUGGAUAGACAACCAGCGAAAAAAAGUUGCCGUUCGAGGAAAUUAAACAAUUUGAUUUCCCCACUUUCAACACACAGUCACCGCCACAACAUUCCACGGACCCAGUGUUUUCUUACUUUUUUUAGUGAUAUAAGCUUUUCAUGCAUAUGAAAUACUCUUGCCCAUGUAUGGGAUAUGUUCACACACACGCACACACAAUUACAAUAAUUUUAUUUCAAAAUAUUUUUAUCAUGUUUUAUUAAUUCUAUGAAUGCUGUAAAAUUUUUAUUGACGAUUAAUUUAAAUUUAAAGCCUAUUCUUUAAUAAGUAUUGAAAACGUGUUUUUUUAUGAAUAAAAAUAUUCAUUAUUAAUUUA